AGACGUGAUGUGGAUGGUGCAGGAUGGCUUGUAUCACCGGCGAUAUAGCCAGGACAAGAGGGAGCUGGACAAGGGGAGCGGUAGCAGCCGUGACCUGCCCAUUGGCGCUGUGAGGCGGGCCACAGGUAUAUAUCCCUGACCAUCCUUCCAGAGCUGCAUCGAUACUCAUCCCAACUGCUCCUCUGCCUCCCCCUACCACCUUACCCAUUCAACUUCGCCAUGGCUGUCACGACCUUCCGCUACAACGUCCCCUCGUCCUCAACCUCGCCAUGCCCCUCCCCAACACGACGUGAAUCGGCGCCUCCUGCUUCGCCACCUGCGCCACGACCGUCACAACAACCCUCGCGACCAUCACGCCCCUCCGACAACCUGCCUGGAUCAAAAUCACAACAUCCUCAAAAACACCAAUCGAAUUCAUCCGUGGCAUCAUCCUCGACUUCUACAUCCUCUGCUGCUGCACCUUCUCGCACCAACGACGCCUCCGCCGCUGCCGCCUCCGCCGUGCCUGGCCCAUCGAACGCUCGCGCUACACAACUCAAAAAACUCAUCAGCUUCAACGUCGGAUCCCGCUACAGGGUCUGCGAUGUCAUUGGAGAAGGAGCUUAUGGAGUGGUGUGCUCUGCCAUUCACCGGCCUUCGGGUAUGAAGGUCGCCAUCAAGAAGAUCCAGCCAUUCGAGCACCAGAUGUUCGCUCUGCGCACGCUGCGAGAGCUCAAGCUGCUGAGGUACUGGCAGGAAAGCGAUGUGUCCGAAAACAUCAUCUCAAUCUUGGACAUCGUCCGACCGACGAGCUUCGACGCCUUCAAAGAGGUCUAUCUCAUCCAGGAGCUCAUGGAGACGGAUCUCCACCGCGUCAUUCGCUCGCAGAAGCUGUCAGAGGACCAUGCUACAUACUUCACGUACCAGAUCCUGAGGGCUCUCAAAGCCAUUCACUCCGCCGAUGUCAUUCAUCGGGACUUGAAGCCAUCCAACCUUCUCCUCAAUGCCAAUUGUGACCUCAAGGUCUGCGACUUUGGACUCGCUCGCUCAGUGCGGACUGCAGAGGCCAGCUCAGGAUCAGACACAGGCUUGAUGACCGAAUACGUCGCCACGCGCUGGUACCGAGCGCCAGAGAUCAUGCUCACCUUCAAGCAGUAUUCCAAGUCCAUCGACAUCUGGGCCGUGGGCUGUAUACUGGCCGAGAUGAUCAGCGGACGCCCUCUGUUCCCCGGUAGGGACUAUCACGACCAGCUGAGCCUGAUUAUCAACGUCACCGGCACCCCCACUCUCGAUGAGUUCUACGCCAUCAACUCGCGUCGAUCCCGCGAUUACAUCCGAGCCAUGCCCUUCCGCAAAGCAAAGUCCCUUCGCGCCAUGUUCCCCAGCGCAUCAGACAACGCGAUCGACUUCCUGGAGCGCACCCUGACCUUCUGUCCUAGGAAGAGGGCCACGGCAGAAGAGUUGCUGGCUCACCCUUACUUGGCUGCUUACCACGAUGAGGAGGACGAGCCGACAUGCGAGCCUAUGAGCGCUGAGAUGUGGGCUUGUGACGAUAAGGCGCUGGCCAGUAACAGCACCGAGAAGCUCCGUGAGCAGCUCUACGACGAGAUCGUCCAUUUCCAGCCUCUCAUCUGAUGUCAAGGAAUAGAGGGAGGGAGACGAGAGAUUACGGUGGCAGGACCUACCUGUUGAGUCGCGGUGGCAGUCAUGAGUUGUUCCGUUCCGUCCGUCGCUACAAUCGACCAUUUCAGUGUCGAAAUUCACGGCUUCUUAUAUCCUCGACACUUUUUAGUCAAUCAUAUAUCCCCACGAAGCGCAAUGCUUCUUCAG